CAGUGAACUGCAACAACAAUCACCAUUGUGUUUUGGUCUGUCCGAACUAGUCACUCUAGUCUUUAAUUUGAUUCUCUGGAGUUAAGAAGGGUGCUGAACUGCUGAUCCAGUAUCGUUCAUUGAUUUCCUUUUUCCUCAUCUCUAGUUUUAUGAAUUUUAAAAGAUAUCACAAGGAUGGGCCUAGAAGACUAAGAAGAGUGGGUUUGAAGCAAGCCCCUCUAGCCAUUCACAGGUUGCCAAAUGUCAUAUUUAUGAGUUCCCACCUUCCAGUUGAGUUCCUUACAAGAGAUGGCAUAAUAUGUUGGUUGCUCAUUCAAUUAUAGCAUGCAGUAGAGAAAUCAUUAAUAUUGAAAGGUUGAAGAAGAUGUGAAGAUUAAAGAUUGGAGAUUGAAGAACAGAAGGGGCAGCCAAUCCAACCCUGGACCAUUUGGGGGCCAUGACUGACUCCAUGGAUUGUGGCAAUGUGGGGAAAUAAGAAGGGUGAUGGAAUGGUUUCAUCCUGUGGAGCAGAUGAGGUGGUGAGAGGGGUAAAAAAUUGGCAGUUAAGGAAGGAAGGAAGGAGUAAAAAGAACAAGUCUACCCCAAUUGUGUAAGGAGUAAAAAGUUAAUGUGACUCAAGUUGGAAUUUUAAUAUGGAAUUUUUUGUCUCUGUAUUGUUUUGGCCAAAUCAGUGAAAACUGAUGAAAGUCUAGGCCUUUUCAGGUCACCUUCUUCAAUCAAAGACAAAGACCACUCCUUUUCCUUUUUCAGUUUUUCUCCCCUAAAUUUCUCAUGGAUCCCAAGACCUCAAAGCAGCUUCAGGAGAUACCCAGCUUCUUGAGCCUCCCACAACCUCAGCAGCAGCAGCAACAACAACAACAUCAUCAUCAUCAACUUCCCAACACCAUGAGUGAGAACCACAACAACAGCAGCAGCAACAACAACAACAACAACAACGUUGUCAAACCGGCAGAGAUCAAAGACUUCCAGAUUGUGAUUGCGGACAAAGACGAAACCAAGAAGCAGUUGGCGCCCAAACGCAGCUCAAACAAAGACAGACACACAAAGGUGGAAGGCAGAGGGAGAAGGAUAAGGAUGCCGGCUCUUUGCGCCGCCAGAAUCUUCCAAUUGACUCGGGAAUUGGGCCACAAAUCGGACGGAGAAACAAUCCAAUGGCUGCUGCAGCAGGCCGAGCCGUCGAUCAUCGCAGCCACCGGAACGGGGACGAUCCCGGCGUCGGCUCUAGCGGCGGCUGGAGGGUCUGUCUCGCAGCAGGGGACUUCUCUAUCAGCUGGCUUGCAUCAAAAGCUAGAUGAUUUAGGGUCCAGUGGAGGAGUAGGUAGGACCAGUUGGGCUAUGGUGGGAGGGAAUUUAGGGAGGCCCCAUAUGGCUGCAGCAACUGGGCUAUGGCCCCCUGCUGGGUUUGGUUUUUCUCCACAGUCAUCUUCAUCUGGUCCCUCUACUACAAAUCUGGGAGGGACUGAGAGCAGCUCUAACUAUCUUCAAAAGAUUGGCCUUCCUGGGUUUGACUUGCCAGUCACCAACAUGGGUCCUAUGAGCUUCACUUCUAUUCUGGGUGGGGCAACUCAACAGCUGCCUGGUUUGGAACUUGGGUUGUCUCAAGAUGGCCAUCUUGGGGUUAUGAAUCCUCAGGCUUACCAAAUUUACCAGCAGAUGGGUCAUGCUAGAGUGCACCACCAGCAGCAACAGCAGCAGCACCACCACCACCACCAGCAACAGCACCAAGCUCCUUCUUCUAAGGAUGAUUCUCAAGGCUCAGGAGGACAGUAGGAACCAACACGAGAAAUUGGUGGUCAAAGUUUAGAUCUUUGUGAAAUCAAGCAGUAGUAGCAUUUGGUUGGGGACUGAGUUUGUUUUGGUAAUGGUAGUUUUAUUGUAUACUUGGAGAGAAUUCAAUAGGGGCCCUGAAAAUGGAUGUUUCUUUUGCUCCUUGUUUUGUUCUCCAUUGCAUGACUCAAGUCUCCAUAUAAAGGUGGGAAUUGUGCACAGCCAGAUUGAUGGUUUGAGUGUUGGGCUUAACUGCUGCUUUAAUUCAGAGGUGUGUUGAUUAUAGUGUAAGCCAUCUUUAGUUAUUUAGUUCUUCACUACGUUUGAAUGGAAGUGGUUCUCCGAGUUUGUUUGUAAAAACUUAAACCAUAGAGUUCUACAGUUAUACUUAUCCAAAUUUUUUUCCCUAGAUCGGUUGUUCUUAAUCAUCUAAGAUCUUCAUUUUGUUUUGCAGAAAUGAGCAAUUUACGACUAUGCCAAUCAUUUAUCUACUACUUGUACUCUGCUUGCUUUCUUGUUACUUCCAAAAAAAAUGCAUCUUUAGUUCUUUGUGCUUA